AUGGACUGUGAAAAUCAAACUUCAUUGACUGAAUUUGUCCUCAUUGGGCUUCCCUACCCCCAAGAUCUAACGGGUCUUCUCUUCAUCUUCUUCCUGCUCAUCUAUCUGUUGACACUCUUAGGAAACCUUGUGAUCCUAUUGGUUGUGGUGUUCAGUUCCCAGCUCCACAAGCCCAUGUAUUGGUUCCUUUGCCACUUGUCCUUCUUGGACAUGACUGUCUCUUCUGUGGUGGUUCCCAAAGUGAUUGCUGGAUUUCUAAAGGAUGGCGGGAUCAUCUCCUUUGGGGGCUGCGUGUCCCAACUCUUCUUCUUCCAUUUUCUGGGCUGUACAGAGUGUUUCCUCUACACAGUGAUGGCCUACGACCGCUUCCUGGCUAUUUGCAAACCACUCCAUUAUGCCACCAUCAUGAACCGCAGAGUGUGCCUUUUUCUCGCCAUGGGCACCUGGUUUGGUGGCUGCCUUCACUCCAUGAUGGAGACAGCCCUGGUUUUUCGCCUGCCUUUCGGAUGGAGAAACGAAGUGAACUAUAUCUUCUGUGAUAUCCCAGCUGUGCUGAAAUUGGUCUGUGCUGACACUGCACUCAAUGAGGUGGUGACCAUGGUUGAUGUCGGCCUUGUAGCCAUGACCUGCUUCUUUCUCAUACUGACUUCUUACGUGUACAUUGUGUCCACUGUUCUGAAAAUCCGCAGUGCAGAAGGGCGUCAACGGGCUUUCUCCACCUGCACAGCCCAUGUGACCUUAGUGGUGACUUACUAUGUGCCUCUUGUCUUCAUCUACCUGAGGCCAGGAUCUCAGGGGCCAUUGGAUGGCAUGGUGGCUGUGUUCUACACUUCCCUGACUCCGCUUCUGAAUCCUAUAAUCUAUACACUGCGGAACAAAGACAUAAAAAUGGCCUUGCUGAGACUACUGUCAGUGUCUCUCCAAGGUCUUGGGUAG